GGACCUCAUGCGCCAUGUUUUAACUUCCGGUGAUGCACUCACAUCAUAUCCCAAUAUCCAUUGUGCGGGACAGGGCUGAAACCUGCCCAGUCUGACAUGGCAGACCUUUUCUUCCGCUGGCUGGAAUAUCGGACAAGGCUGAGAAGAGAAGGAAUCAUGCCGUGCAUGCAUGUUGCUGUUGUGUACAAUGGGACUGGCAGAGGCAGCAGUAGCAUCUCCAGCGGCAACACAGGCUUCAGCUGUCAACACCAUGCAAUUUUUGACCAAGAGAUGGAGGAAUACAUACACGUCAGUCGCAAAGGCAACAAUGGGAAUGGUGGUGUGGUUGUGGAAGGAAGACGUUCUUUUGAAUCUUCUGGUCAACCUCGCGUGGUGAAACAACCUGCUACAGUGGAAGAGGGACGCCAAAUACUUGCUCGUGCUCGUGCUUUGGCCGCUGGUGGGGCAUGGGAUUAUCGCGUCUUAUCACACAAUUGCGAGCAUUUCGUCAACGAAUGCUGGAACAGUGGCAACCCUCCACAAAGUACGGAAGCUCGCACUGCUGUGAGAUCGCUUGGCGGGAGUGGUGCGGUUGGAGCUAUUAGUGGAGGGAUUGCAGGCACCAUCACGGCCUCUGUGGUAACACCGAUCGCCACGACGGUGACCACCACGGCAACUGAGACCGCUUACUUCUUGGGAUUCAUUCCGUGGGGAACUGUGACCACAACUACAUCAGCAACAGUCAUGACAGGUUUGCCGCUCGGUGCUGUGAUUGGCAUAGGUGUGGGAGGCACAGUGGUUGCUGGAGCAGCUGCCACCGGCAUUGCCUAUGGUGUCAGGGAAGAUAUUUAUGCCAAAAAGGCACGGAAUGCACAGCUGGUCCCUAUUACAGUUUACAACCGAUCUGAUCAGGCCAUCACAGCUUCUUUGCAAAUUAAAGACAGUACCCUGACUGAUAAGUUCUAUCGAUGGCGUGCUUUCAUCGGUAUUGGCGUCAUGUCAGUGGACAUCGCAAGCAACAUGGCCGCGCAACUGAACCCUCCAACGGUGGCUGACAGCUUUGACACAGAUUUUGAGCUCACGGUCUCCCAGUCCCACCCGUUUGCAAAGUGGAGUUGCACAGUCCAGCGCGGUGACAUUGCCAUUCUCGCUAGGGGAGGCAGACGACUGAGAUUGCGGACAGCAAGUAGAACAGUAGACUUAGAAUGUUGCAUUUGCCGAAAUAGUCCUCCAAAUAUCAUUUUGAGACCUUGUGGACAUUGGGAGUUCUGUGAGCAGUGCAUCCUUCAGAUCAUUGGACGGAACGCACUGUGUCCCCUUUGCCAACAGGGCAUUCAAGAGUAUGAUGUGAGAUAGCACAGACGGCAAGGAAUGGUUUGCACAUUCGACCAGAAGUGUCCAAACCAAUCGGAAAAGAGAUAAACAGGUUUUUAAAUGCGUUCAUGAGUUGCCUGCCUGGACUGUAGCCACGUUCUCUACGAUAUAGUUGUAUUGCCAUCUAAACUGAUGCAGCCCAGUUUCAAGCCACUUCACAAACUUUGAGAACAUCAUAGAACAUCCAAGAAUGUAGGAUGGCGUCAUACUUCCACACACAACUGAACUCACUCUUUUGGUGUGCUGUGGAUGGAUCAGUUGAUGGGCAUCUGCAAGUUUGUUUCUAUUUGUUUCAACAUUUGCGGCCUGCAAGGCCCAAAGCCCAGUUAGAAGUGUAGUUACAAUGUUUGAUGGCCCAGUAACUGGUAGCAGUAUGAUUUAUUGCUGCAAUGGAGGCUGAAGCUGUGUCCCC